AUGGCGAACAACACGCUCAACGCACCAUCAAGUGGUUCCUCAGGUGGCUCUCUGCCGUUUGGGGAUCCCACCACUGUUCUGUUUUCAGCCUUGGCAGGCCUUUUUCUCAUCAUUUUCCACCAAUGGUCGAGGACACCCAAGAUUCCGACCAUCAAUGCCUAUCCUGGAGAUUGGAUGCUCAAGAAGGCGCACAAAGAUUUUGAGCAGAAUGCAAGAGCUCUUAUCCGCGAAGGAACUGAAAAGUUCAAAGGACCAUUUCGCAUCAUCACUGCACUCAGCUCGACUAUUCUCGUUCCAACUGAGUGGGCGGAAUGGGUGAAGAACUGCAAUGACCUGGAUCAUCUUGAAUGGACCUAUCAUGAAUUUUUUGCAGGUUAUCCUGGCUGGGAGGGUAUCACCGCAGCCGUGUGCGACCCGAACAAGCUCCUCAUCGAGAUCACCAAGAGCAAGCUUAACCAAAACUCGCAAUGCACUCUCUUCCGUGAGCAGAUCACAAGGACCCUCCACAAAAUCUGGUCCGACAAGCCAGAAUGGCACAGCAUCGACUGGCACACCGACUCCCUGACCUUCAUCAGCCAAAUGUCCGCCGCCGUAUUCGUCGGCCCCGAGCUGUGCGCCGACCCGGAAUGGCAGGACAUCACCAUCACCUACGCCGUCAACAUGUUCCUCGCCACACGCGCCUUGCGCCGCUACCCGCGCUUCACGCGCACCCUCGCCAACUGGUUCCUGCCCGAGAGCACCAAGUGCCGCGAGCAGGUGCGCCGCGGCCGCAGGAUGAUCCAGGACGUCAUGGAAAAGCGCGCAAAGGAGAGGCGCGAGGCUCUGUCCCAGGGGCGCGAGCCCGAGAAGCAUGAGGAUACGCUGGCGUGGCUGGAGGAGCGCGCUAGUAAGGGCAAGUCGUAUGAUCCUGUUGCCAUCCAGCUCGGCUUCGCGAUGGCGGGCUUGCACACGACUACGCAGUUGCUCAAGCAGGCGGUGUUGGAUAUUUGUGGGCAGCCGGAGCUGGUUGCACCUCUGAGGGAGGAGGUCGAGAAGGCGGUGGCUGAGAGCGGGUGGACGACGGCUGGGCUGUACAAGAUGCAGUUGUUGGACAGCGCUAUCAAGGAGACGCUGAGGUUGAAGCCUGGGUUGUUGGCCAAUCUCGAGCGCCGGUCCCUCAAGGACAUCACCCUGCCAGAUGGCACCAAGAUUCUGCGAGGCACCAACGUGUCCGUUGACAGCUCACGCAUGUGGGACCCAACCGUAUACGGUGACGAUGCGGCCAAGUUUGAUGGUUUCAGGUUCCUGCGGCUGCGCAAUGAAGGUGCGCCCGCAACUUCCAUGGUGUCGAGUAGCCCCGAGCAGUUCACUUUCGGCAUGGGCAAGUCUAUCUGCCCUGGGCGCUUCUUUGUACACAAUGAGGUCAAGGUUGCACUAGCGACCAUCUUACUUGAGUAUGACGUGAAGCUUACAGACGGCUACACUCCAAAGUUUGUGGAGUUCGGGUUUGAGAUUGUGGUGGAUCCGGCGCCGAAGGUGGAGGUGAGGAGGCGGUAG